UCGGACCAUUGAGAACGAGUGACACAUAUGUCAGAGCGCAAGCGUGCUUUGUGAUUAUGCGUGAUUCCAUGUUCGUGAAAUGACUGUAAAUGCCUGAGGCCAGAUCCGAAAUCAAAUUAAUCGUGGAUCAGUCGACGAAAAGAUAGGUGUUGUAAUAUACAACGCACUGGAUCUCAUAUUAAUCUCUCGUUCCGCCCUAUUAUCAGUAUUUCCUGUAGACUUUUACAUAACGAACGCAAAAGUGAUUCUGACGUGAUAUCGCGUAUUCCACUAUCGUGUCAGUACAAGGAUCAAGGUUUAAGCGCUACGAUAAUAGCAUAAAUCGACUUCAAUUUCGUCGUUUGAUACCUCCUGUGGUGCGUUUGGUUAGUUGUGUGUAGAGUGGCUGCUUGAAUAUUCGUGAAAAUGUCCGAAAUUAAAAAGUACUCGUUGGCAGAAGUCAAAACCCACAACGACAACAGAUCAAGUUGGUUGGUUAUCAACAACAAUGUAUACGACGUAACGCCAUUCUUGAAUGAACAUCCUGGUGGUGAAGAAGUAUUAUUGGAACAGGCAGGCAGAGAUGCAACUGAUCCUUUCGAGGAUGUUGGACACUCCUCAGACGCUAGAGAACUUAUGGCUAAGUAUAAAAUUGGAGAAGUUAUCGACUCAGAAAGGAAACAAGUGAAGGAAAAAAUUCCCGAUUGGUCAUCUGGUAACGAUAAUGCGACAUCAGAAAACACGAUGAAAUCUUGGCUAAUUCCAAUACUCCUUGCCGUAAUGGCAACAAUCAUCUAUCGUUUCUAUUUCCUGUCAUAAUAAUAUAAGAAUUGAUAUACCAAUGAGGCAGCAUUUAUGGUUUAAAUGGACUAUUACAAUUUAUUGUAUAGGUACAAAUAUAUUUUGGUAUAAAUAUUUCACAGAUUUUUAAGUAAAUUUAUUGUUUUACGAUAAGCGUUGACGAAUUUUAAAUCUCUAUACAUAUAUGUAAAAUCGUGUAUCAUUACACACUUUGGAACAUUCAAAAAAUUGGUGCUUUGGUUACACAUUCCUUGUUGAAGUAAUCUUUCCUCUACUUCAGUCACUAUAUUAUUUUCACUUCAGGGAAGAUUUAUUUGAAACGACGUAAAAUAAACGUAAGAAUGAAUAUAAUACCUAUAAUUAUUAGACCAAAUUUAAAUCUAUUGAGAAUGACAACUUAUUUUAUUUAUAUUGUUUCAAAUAAGUAUUCUAUUUUAUAUAAAAUUUAAGUAAUAAGAUAUAGAUAAGAAUAUAAGUGUUGGAGUGAAGUGAAUAGUGAACAUUAUUAAUUGUAUGGAAUAAAAUUUCAAGGUUACUUUAAUUCAGUAGGUGCAAUGGAAAAUAGGAAUCCAGUGGUGGAGAAUGCGAAGGGUUGAUUAUUUAUUUUUUUUAGUGAGGAGAAAUUUUAUUGACGUGUUAUUGGAAAUGCAUGACCCUCCACAGGAACUACUUUCUUUUUUGUGAUUCUGUUAUCUAUGAAACUGUGUUAAAUUCCUGUUCUGUUUAACCAAUUGUCAAAUUCUCUUGUUAAGCCCUUCAGAAAACAUAAGAAAUAAUAAAAUUAAAACACGAACUUUACAUAUACCUUCAACGAUAGACAAAA